AUGCGUCAAGACCUUAUUACUUUCAGUCAUAAUGAUGAAAAGGCUUUUCUCCUAGGAGAAUUCAGCGACUGGAAGAAGUGCAGAGAAAAACCUAAAAAACACUCUCAGUCUAAAUUUCACGCAGAGGCGACUGAGAAAGUUUUAUUAUCUGAUGAUUCGCGAAGAGAUAUUGCAGCUAUAUUGUUUAGUGAAUUGAAGAAAACCCAGGAAACUCGAAGAAGAAUGUUGCAAAAACAACUAAGUAGUAUAAGGUAUUUGGCACGCCAAGCCCAAAGUUUGCAAGGUAAAACUGAACUUGAGAGUAACUUGCAACAGUUGCUAAAAUUAAGAGCAGAGGAUGUACCUGAUUUGUUGGAGUGGAUUGAAAACGGAAGAUAUCUCAGUCAAGACAUCAUAAACGAGUUGAUUAAUAUGAUGGGCAAUGCAGUCCUGAGAUCUAUAGUGGCAGACAUCCGUAAGGAAUCACAAUUAUUUAGCCUAUUUGCAGACGAGUCUAGAGACAUAAGCAACAAGGAACAACUAAAAUGUGUUUUGCGCUGGAUAUCUAGAACUGACUUGUCCGUCCACGAAGAUUUCCUCGGAAUGUACGAGCUAGAGAAAACCGAUGCUGAAACAAUCACCACUUCGCUGAAGGACAUUUUGUUGCGAUGCAGUUUGACGAUAGACGACUGUCAAUGGCAAACAAAUGAUGGAGCAGCAAAUAUGGCUGGAGGCAGAAGUGGGGUUGCUGCCGGAAUAUCUUCUGAGAAUCCUCACGCCCUGUACAUUCAUUGCGGUAACCACAUUCUUAACUUGGCUUUGCGUGACUGUGUAAAGGAGAGCUGGAUUAUCAGCGAUACGUUGAAGGAGGUGCAAGAGCUGGCCGUGUUUAUUCGAUCUUCACCAACACGAAUAGUGCAAUACCAGCAUAUUGCCAAAGAGAUUGAAGACAGCGGCACGCAAGUUGCGAAUCCGCAUUUGCUGUGUCCAACUCGAUGGACAGUAGGAACCAAAGCCAUCUCGGCUGUCUUGCACAAUUAUGAGGCCCUCUACUCUGCAUUACUUAGCAUUGACAAAGAAUCUUGCAAGUCCACCGUUCGUGACACAGCAUCAGGUAUGGCUAGCCGAUUGAAGAAGUUUUCCUCGUACUUUGGUUUAGGUUUUGCGCAGAAUAUCUUCAGCGUGUGUGAACAAGUAGCAACUUCAUUAAAGAAGCCUUCAAUAACGACACAAACAACUGUUACUUGCAUAAAUGCCUUGAAGACAAACUUGCAGCGACAACGACAUGAGAUUCAACUUGAAAUAGUGUUGAUACUGCACCAUUACAGAAAACUUUGCAACCUGAUCAUCUCUUCAUGUUGUCAACAAAUUGAGCAGAUCAAAUUCUACUCCAUUUUAUGCUUGUUUUUCUGGUUAUUGUUUGAGGUGGCAGCUUUUUCAUGUUAUCUAUCCACUUAG